GGAGAAACUCCAGCGACGACGCAGGAGUUCGGAGAUGAAGAAGAUGCGAUGCUGUCCGCGGGACGUAGCGGAGGCUCGCGCACCUUGUCCCGGAACCUCGUCGCGGAAUUUGAUGAAGUGGCGAAACCCGACCAAGCGGAUGACGACUUUGAGGAUGGCACGGAGACCUCGGCUUCGAGGGCUCUGGCGCAGACACCCAAGAAGUCCGCCGAGCGGUCAAACCAAAGCCAAGCGACGGACGGAGUGCUCUCCGCCAAGACCGAAGGUUCGCCGUACUUCCAAGACUCGCACAUGGUGACUCCUAGGUCGGCGAGUCGAGCCGACCGUAUUGCGCGUGAGUCCGAAGGUUCGCCACGCGAGCGGAGCAGGCAACGAAGCUCCACGCGACGCUCAAGUCGCCGGUUUACACCGCGCGAUGACUCGUCGUCCGACGAGGACGACAAUGAUAACAUCGACUAUGAAGAUGGGUUUGACAGCCCGAGCGAUGAGUUGGCCCGUCAAGUGCGCGAAGUGAGUGAGAUGGAGCGACUGAGUUCGACUCCUCGGCUCAAGAUCGCCACACACCAGCCGCUUGCGCAGAUCAAAAAUUUCUCAGGAGCCCGCAAUCGGAGUGAAAACUCUAUGCAGUGGCUCCGAGCGUUCGUCUAUGAGAAGAAGGGAACGCACACUCCGCCAAACGAGUGGUGCAUGGCUUUCGAGCUGAGCCUUCGGGACGGUGCCCUUCACUGGUACCGUCAACUCCCGAAGAGGACUAAGCGUCAGUGGAAGCGACUGAGCGAUGCGUUUAUCAAGUAUUACUGCUCGCAGUUUAGCCAGUCUGCGAAGGCUCGCUACUACUCUGCGAAGCGCGAGUCCUCGGAACACCUUUGUGACUACCUCAACCGACUGAAUGGUUACGCUCGUAAUGCUGGCCUUCAGUUCGAGAGUAGUGGUCGCGACGCGAAGGACCAUGUGCAGAGGUUCCUCGAGACGUGCGGUGACCGAAGCCUCGAACGCCGGCUUUGCCACGUCCGGGUGAAGGGCAUUCACGAACUCGAGGACAUGAUCAACGACAUUUUGAAGUCUGAAGAGCGUGGGCAGUCGCGCGAGACCUCGCGCAGUCGAGACCAACCGCGUCGUCGUGAUGACCGUCGCCACGAAGCUUCGCGUGACAGUUACCGUCGCGACCGCGCGAAGACUCCCGCCGCCGCGAUGACUCGCGCCAUGUUCCGCGCAUUUCGCUAG